AUGUGCUGCGUCUUGCUAGUAACGGGCUGCAAGCCGAUCCAGCCUUUCUUCCUAUUCGAAGACGGCGAUCUGUCGCACUAUAAGGGUGUGGCGACCGAAAUCGAGUUCCCCGACGACUACACGCCGACCCUGGCUGAAGUCGAAGGCGCGCUUCCGCCGCUCACGCUUCGUAAUCCAGAGACCCAGCAAAUCUGGGAUUUAAAACUGGAGGAAGCUGUGCAGAUCGCUCUGGCGAACAGCACGGUCAUCCGCACGGUCAACGGCAACGCCAGCCCGCUAGCGUUGAUUUCAUCGCCUGAAACGGCACCCUCGAUCUAUACCCCGGCGUUGGCCGAAACCGACCCGGUGCGUGGUGUUGAAACCGCCUUGAGUGCGUUCGAUGCAAACUUCUCCUCCAGUAUGUUCUGGGAGAAGAACGAUCGGGCCGUGAACGUCGGCGGCUUGGGUGGGCUUAUUUUCGCUCCUAUUUUCGAACAGGACUUGGGAACCUUCCAGGCUGAAAUCUCGAAGGUCAACGCCACCGGUGGUACCACCACGUUCCGACACAACGUCAACUACGAAUGGAACAACAACCCUUCGCGGGCCAUUCCCAGUGAUUACAACGUGAACCUUGAAGCCGAAUGGCGACAACCGUUGUUACAAGGUGCCGGUGUCGAAUUCAACCGCAUCGCAGGCCCCAACGCUCAGCCUGGCUUCUUCUUCAGCAAUGGUGUGAUGAUCGCUCGAAUCAACACCGACAUCGCUCUGGCCGACUUUGAAGCAAACGUUCGAAAUCUGGUUAGCAGUGUCGAAGAUGCCUACUGGGAACUCUACUUCCAGUAUCGCAACCUCGACUCGGUGCUGGCCGGUCGCGACAGUGCCCUGCAGACUUGGCGUAAGGUGAACGCUCUCUACACGGUUGGCUCUAAGGGUGGUGAAGCCGAGAACGAAGCUCAGGCUCGCGAUCAAUACUACUUGUUCCGCGGUCUGGUCGAGCAAGCACUCAGCCAACUGUACACCUCCGAAGCUCAACUGCGAUAUGUGCUCGGGUUGGCCACGACCGACGGUCGUCUGAUACGUCCGGCCGAAGAACCGACCAUCGCCCACGUCAACUUCAACUGGUGGGACGUGCAUACCGAAUCGAUGGUGCGAAGUGUCGAACUGCGUCGCCAGAAGUUCCGCAUCAAGCAGCGUGAACUGGAACUGGUCGCCGCACGAAACUUCCUCCUACCGCGAUUGGACGCUGUGGGUCGCUACCGCUGGACCGGCUUGGGUGACGAGUUGAUCGACCCGGAUGGUUAUGGGUUCAACCCCGACUCUCCGACGGGUGAUCUUCCGGGUUCGAACGCCUGGAGCACUCUGACCGAUGGUAACUUCCAGGAAUGGCAACUCGGGUUACAAGCCAGCCUUCCGAUCGGCUUCCGCCGCGAACUCUCGGCCGUGCGAAAUGCACAGCUCACCUUGGCUCGCGAUCGGGCGAUCUUGCAAGACUUGGAGCUUGCUAUCUCGCACGAACUCAGCGAGGCAAUCCGACAGCUCGACCUCUCCUACAAGUUGGCUGAGACGAACUUCAACCGGCGUCGCGCUGCGGCAGACGAAGUGCGAGCCGUCGAAGUCUCGUUCGACGCCGGUGUGGCCACGCUCGACUUGGUGCUCGACGCACAACGACGACUGGCCGAGGCCGAAAGCGACUUCUUCCGGGCUGUGGUCGACUACAACCUGGCAAUCAAGGACAUCGAACUCCGCAAGGGCUCGCUCCUCGAAUACGACGGUGUGUAUCUGGCCGAAGGCCCCUGGCCUGGCAAGGCGUACUUCGACGCACGACUGCGUGCCCGGGAACGCGACGCCGGUAUCUUCCUUAACUACGGCUACACCCGACCUCGCGUGUUCAGCCGUGGACCGUACGCUCAGAUCACCGGACACCCGCACGAUAUGCCGAUGGACGGGACGAUUGAGUACGAGAACGUGCCGGCCGACGCCCCGCAGGAAAUCCCAACUCCAGCCCCCACGCCCGCUCCGUCGGGUGCCCCGGGCGAACCGAUCAUGUAUCGUGGAGGAACGCCGCAGGCCCAGCUUCAAGGCCCCGGACCUGCGGCGAGCAUGGCACAGAGUGCGGCUCCCGCCAGCGACUUUAGCUGGGGGAGACUCGGACUCGACGCCGCAACCAGUACGGGAGCACCCGCGGCUAACCAAGGCAUUCAGCAGGUCAGCCACGUUGAGCCGAGACCAGUAAACGCCCAUGAAGCUAUCCCGAAUUCGGUUAGUCGGCGGACAAUAUUCAGAGACUUGGACAUCCUCCGCGAGGCGGGGGUUCCGAUUGAGUUCGAUUCCGAAGACCAAGUGUUCCGCUUGGCGGGAGAUAGCUUCCUUCCGCCGACGAAUUUUACGCCGCAAGAAGCCCUGGCCCUGAUCGUUUUGUGCCAGGAGCUGGGCGAUCAAGACGGUUUGCCGCUGCUGCGAGAUGCUCGCUCGGCGGCACUCAAGCUGGAAAGCUCGCUGCCGGUUUCCAUUCGCGAGUAUCUCCGCGAUGUUUCGGGGGCGGUGCAGAUCCAGAUGCCGCCGACCAACCCGCUGAUUGACAGCGAGCAAGUGUUUCAGCAGAUCCUUGCUGCGGUCGAUUCCAAGCUGUCGCUCCGAAUUCGCUACGACAGCUUUGCCGAAGAAGAGGUGAUCGACACCCUGCUUAGUCCGUAUCGGCUGCUGUUCAGUCGCCGCAGCUGGUACGUCAUCGGGCGGUCUUCCAUUCACCGCCAAACCCGAACUUUUAAUGUGGCUCGGAUCCUCAGCGCUAGCUCGAACGGAGCGACUUUUUCCCUUCCCAAGGGAUUCAGUGUCGAGCGGUAUCUCGGCAACGCAUGGCACCUGAUCCCAGAACCGGGCCCGGACCAAGAGGUGCAUGUGCGGUUCAAGCCGCUGGUGGCUCGAAAUGUGGCCGAAGUUGCCUGGCAUAAGACCCAGCAAACCUCUUUCGCCGAAGACGGUACGCUCGAUUUUCGUGUGACGGUUUCGGGACUGAAUGAGAUCUCUUGGUGGAUAUUGGGUUACGGAGAUCAGGCCGAAGUCGUCGGCCCGCUUGAGCUGCGUGGCUUGGUUGCCGAACGUUGCCGCAAUGCCGCCCGGCAGUACGAUGAGAAUUCCGGCGAUUGA